AUGUUUGGUUGUCUGGUCGCCGGCAGGUUGGUGCAGACGGACGCGGCGCAGGUCGCCUCGGACAAGUUCGUGUUCAACCUGCCGGACUAUGAGAACGUGAACCACGUGGUGGUGUUCAUGCUGGGCACCGUGCCAUUCCCCGCCGGCAUGGGCGGCGCCGUCUACUUCUCCUUCCCGGACCCGGCGAGCGGCAGCCCGGUGUGGCAGCUGCUCGGCUUCAUCACCAACGACAAGCCCAGCGCCAUCUUCAAGAUCUCCGGGCUGAAGGCCGGGGAGGGCGGGGCGCACCCCUUCGGCACCGUGGCCUCCACCUCGUCCCCCUCCGUGGCUCAGGUCGGCGUGUCUGUGGAGGCUCUGGAGCAGCUGGCCCAGCAGAUCCCGGUGUCCAGCGCCACCGUGUCCACCGUGGACUCCUUCCUGCAGUUCACCCAGAAGAUGCUGGACAGUCUGUACAACUUCGCCUCCUCCUUCGCUGUGUCGCAGGCGCAGAUGACGCCGAACCCCACCGAGACCUUCAUCCCGUCCAGCUGCGUCCUCAGGUGGUAUGAAAACUUCCAGAGGAGGAUGGCUCAGAACCCGAACUUCUGGAAAAACUGAUGAUGACAGUUUCCACGGUGCCUACAGUUUCUAAUAAAAGUCUCCACCGGUUCCGGUCUCCGUUCAUCCCUUCAUCCCUCAGACAGCUGCAUCCUCAGCGGGAUUAUGAGCUGGAAUCACUGGUUAAUAUCGCUUUUUAAUGUUUAUGCACCGAUCAGUCAUCCAUCAGGAAGGUGUCUCCACUGAGGAAGACCACAGGAUGAGGCUGAAGUCUCCACAGACUUUGUGUCUUUUUCUUUUUUCAGGAUAUUUUUAGAUCGAUACACAAAGUGCAGCCAAAUCACUGAGUAAACAACAAAAUGACAAUGAGGAAAAAGGAGAAAUAUCCAAACUGUUACAUAAAAAAUUAAUAAAUGCUUUUUGUUGACGUACAGUUGUUUUUCACAGUACAGUACAGUAAGUACUCUGAGCUGAGAUAAAUUUA